AGUUCAACUUGUGCCUUCCAGGCGUGAUCAUCCCAGGCUGCAGGAGAGCAGCAAAUGGCCACAGCACAUCCGUGUCAGGAGCCCGUGAGCUUUGCGGAGGUGGCCGUGUAUUUCAGCAGGGAGGAGUGGGCGCUGCUGGACCCUGCGCAGCGAGCGCUCUACCGGGACGUGAUGCUGGAGACGUACCAGUGCGUGGCCUGGCUGGCUCCUCUUCCAGCCCCCAAACCCGGGCUGAUCUCCCUGCUAGAAGGAGGGGAAGACCCCUGGAUCCCAGAUGUGUGUAGCCCUGAGGCCGUGCCAGGAGACCUGAGCCCAGCAGGAACUGGGAUUACAGAUAUACUGGAGGAUGUGCAGGAAAGUGGUGUGGCCGAAAGGCGGUGGGGUAGUGCCUGUGUGGGAGAAAUCAGAAGGGAUGUCCCAGGAGGCCUGGAGCAAGGUCAGGGUGAGCACAUCAAGAAGGCACUGGGAAAGCAUCUGGAAGAGAAAGGAAGGAGCCCACUGCACUUCAACAUAGGUGAAAAGCAGGACGUAGAGCCCAGGAGCAAGGAUGUGUGUCAGAUGAAAAAGCAGAAUCCAUGCACUGAGUGUGGGAAAAGCGUGGAAAUAAAUUCCAGUGUCAUUAACCACCAGUGCAUGCAUACAACGAAGAGCCUGUACAAGUGCUCUGAGUGUGGGAAGAGCUUCAAACGGAGAGCCAAACUGAAACGCCUCCAAUGCAUCCAUACAGGAUGGAGACCCUACAGGUGCUGUGAGUGUGGGAAGAGCUUUAAAAGGAGUUCCCACCUCACCUGCCACCAACGCAUCCACACAGGAGAGAGACCCUUUCAGUGCUCUGACUGUGGGAAGGGCUUCAACAGCAGUUAUGAACUGAAGGUGCACCAGCGCAUCCACACAGGAGAGAGACCCUACAAGUGCUCUGCUUGUGAGAAGAGCUUCAAAAGCAAUUCUGAAUUGAAGCUGCACCAGCACACCCACACAGAGGAGAGACCUUACAAGUGCUCAGAGUGUGGGAAGAGCUUCAGCAGAAGUUCCCACUUCAACUUCCACCAGGCACGUCCACUCAAGAGAGAGACCCUUUCAGUGUCCUGCGUGUGAGAAGAGCUUCAAACGCAGUUAUGAAUUGAAGAAGCACCAGUGCAUCCACAGAGGAGAGAGACCCUUUCUGUGCUCUCAGUGUGGAAAGGGCUUCAAAAGGAGUUCCCACCUCACCUGCCAUCAGCACAUCCACACAGGAGAGAGACCCUUUCAGUGUCCCGAGUGUGGGAUGACCUUCAGAAUCUGUUCUGAAUUGAAGUUGCACCAGCUUAUCCACACAGAGGAUAGGCCCUACAAAUGCUCUGAGUGUGGGAAGUGCUUCAAAAGGAGUUCCCACCUCUCCUGCCACCAGCACAUUCACACAGGAGAGAGACCCUUUCAGUGUGCUGAGUGUGGGAAGAGCUUCAAAAGAAGGCCUGAUUUGAAGCAGCACCAGCUCAUCCACACAAGAGAGAGGCCCUUUUAGUGUUCUGCGUGUGGAAAGGCCUUUAAAAAGUGUUCUGAACUGAACCUGCAUCGGCGCAUCCAUAUGGAGGAGAGACCCUUUCAGUGUCCCGCGUGUGGGAAGAGCUUCAAAAGAAGAUCCGAGUUAAGGGAGGCCCUGCAAGUGCUGUGAGUGUGGGAAAAGCUUCAAAAGCAGUUCUGACUUGAAGCAGCACCAGCGAACCCACACAGAGGAGAGACCCUACAAGUGCUGUGAGUGUGGCACGUGCUUCAAAAGGAGUUCCCACCUCACCUGCCACCAUCGCAUCCACACAGGAGAGAGACCCUUUCAGUGUCCUGAGUGUGGGAAGAGCUUCAAAAGCAGUUCUGCACUGAAGCGCCACCAGCGCAUCCACACAGGACAGAGACCCUUUCAGUGUCCGGAGUGUGCAAAGAGCUUUAAACGCAGAUCUCAUCUCAACAUUCACAAGCGCAACCACAAAGCACAACGGCUGUAGAAGCUCCCCAAGACUAUGGGAACCUUCAAAAGCAGUUCCAGCCUCGUUACCUUCCGGCACUGCACAGAAGGUACAGAUCCUGCAGAGCCUCAAACUUGUGAGGAGCUUCAGCCAAAACCCCAGCCUGGUUACGACCUGUGGCUUUGUGUUUUGAACCUUACAAAUCCCUUGAGUAGAGGAAGAGCUCGGCAGCCAAAAUCCAUCUUCUUCUCUGCUGCUCUUCUUUCUCCUCUUUGGAUGCGAAUUCUGCAUGUUGCUCUCUGUCAGCUGCAGUCAAGGUGUUGAGCGGACAGUCAAAGGAGAGUCCAGAGUGGGAUGUGUCACAGCCACUGGAAACCCUCUGCCAGGUGGCACGUUUCUGCCAGGGCAGUGUGCAAGGACAGUCACCUCUUAUCUCCCCUGUAGACACUCACCUGCUGUGGGACAAAAGGUGAGGACCCAAAGGAAACCUCAGCUGGGCCGAUACGUCGCCAGGAAGGAAGAAAUUCUGUCUGCCGGGAGUGUGGGAAGAGCUUCAUCUGGAGCUCAACCCUCAGUACACUCCAGAGAACCAACGCCGGGGAGAUUCCCUGUGAGUGCCUUGACUGCAGGAAGAGAUCCGUCCGGAGCUGGGAGCUCAUCACACACCAGUGGAUCCACGUGAGGAACCCUACAGACGUGCAGCCUGCAAGAAGAGCUUUGGCCACAGCUCGAACCUGCUGAGGUAGCAGAGUGUCUGCAGUUGGGUGAAGUCCAGGACGUGCCUGCACCAGUGAGUUCACGUGGCAGGAAGCCUUAGAAAUGCCUCGAGUGUGAGAAGGGCUUUGUGCAGAGCACGAAGCUCCUCCCUUGCAGGAGAUGGCAGUCGUGGCAGAAGUCUACAAACGUCCCAUGUGUGGGAAGAGCUUCAACCACAGCUCCCAGCUGAGCAAGCACCAGGGGAUCCACUCACGGCAGAGACCAUAGAUGUGCCUGCACUGCAGGAAGAGCUUCAUCCAGAGCUCAGUCCUCGUUAAGCAUUGCCCAGUCCACGUGAGACGGUGGCCCUGCAAGUGUCUCUCCUACAGGAAGAGUUUCUCUCAGGGCUGGCACCUCAUUUCUCAUGGGGAAAGCUCCAGGAGAGAGAGCUUGAGGAUGCCCAAGGAUGGGGUAGACCCCUGUGCUUCUCCCCACACAGGAAGAGCUGGCAAAGGAGAUGGCAUUGCUGGCACCCUCUGCAGAAGGGCCUUAACCCAGGAGCUUCAGAUGGCCUUUCCUUGCUUCCCAAAGCAGUUCUCUCAGCAUGCCCACGUUCCUCUUCUGCUCUUCCUGCCUGCAGCUUUUUGAUGCCAUUUCCUUAGGAGAAGCGGCUGUGUGGGGAUGUUCUGUGUGUCUGUGUGCGUGUGUUGCUCUCAGUAAUUUCUGAGUGCACUGGUGAAUGUGAGAGAAUGGACAGGAGAGCAGUAACGUGGCUCUUGGAGGUUUUCUGAGAAUCAUCUGUAGUGGAAAGGGAAGGGGGUGAAUAAAGUAGCUGAGUUGUUCUGGAGCUUUCUUCACUGUAGUCUUGUUUCUUGUUCUUAAAGUGAAUGUCAGCGUGUGGAAUGAGGAGAGGGAUAGGAGAGGGAAAAUAUUCCACCUCUGCACACACUGGAAUCAGCGCAGGCACAGGCAGAGCUCCCAAGAGAUUGACCAGCCCCCGUGGUGCCCAUGUGCAAGGCUGUUAUGCAUUUCUGGUUUUUCAUGUUAGAAACAUGGAAAGUUGGAGGCCCUGUGUGCUUCAGCAUCAUCAGCAUGUGUGAGACGUGGUGGGAAUGGCCCUGUGAGGGGUGUGCUGUGUGUGAUGGAUGGCUCUGGGCUCUGCAGGAUGGAGAUGCAGGGCCAGUGAGAUGGGAUGGGGUUGCUGUAUGUACUGAUGGGCUGGAUGGAACGGACUUACAGUUAGGAGUGCCAUGGUUACAGCCUCUGUGUAUGGGUUAAGGGAUGAGGAAAGAAUGUGCAUGUCACUGUGGGUGCCUACUCGAAGCC